GCUACUCCGCCCGUGGGAGCUCUGCUUCCUGCCAACGCUACGAUCUCUCCCAAUGCCACCAUCCCUCCCAGCACCCCAGCUACCACCCCUACUCCAAGCAACAUCACCGGUCCUCCCGUUAACCCAUUCGACCCCCCAAGCAGUACCGCCACUGCACGCGCAAACCAAACUUCUCCCCAGCCUCCCAUGAUUCUCUCCCCGAAUGCCAACCAAACCUCUCCUCAACCUCCCAUUGCCCCCUCCCCAAGUGCCAACCUGACCACCUUGCAGCCUCAGAUGUCCUCCCCCCACCGCUUCCGCCCCUUCAUCCCUCUCCAAGGCUCCCGCUGCUUCCGCCUGCGCCUCACCCCGCCGCCUGUCGACUCCUUCUGGUCCGUCACUCUGUACAACGCGUCCAGCCUCAACCUGCUCGAGAAUGUCACUAAGUUUGGCGUGGGCGACCGCACUCCCGGACUGCUGUACAAUCCUGACCGCACAGUUACCAUCUACAUUCAGCCUACUUCUCCUGGCCAAUCACUUGACGCAAACUGGAUCCCUACUGUCAAUGCGGUAAUUUCCCUAAACCACGUCAUUUCUUCCAGACAAAUAGUGCAGUCGUGGUGAGGGCUUAUGGCCCCUCUCCUCAAAUUCUCAAUGAAAGUUAUGAACCGGAAGCAAUUCAGCUUAGCCCUACUUGUGAGAUUUAACGAAUUGUUAAGAUUGUCGCAAUUAAUGGUAUCUUUUAUCUUGAACUAGGGCAAAGGAUGCUACAACCGGUAUAUUGCAGCAUAUCCACCUUAUUUAGGAUUUGGUUCUGGCUUGGUUUCUAUCGUA